AUGGACAACAUACCCAAAGGCGACCUCAUGGCUCUCCCAGACAUUGUGGCCUGGUCACAAGCCCGGGAAGAGGCGCGGGCACAAGAGGUUGCCCAAGCUGACGCCGACAAAGACUCUGACAUCGAUUAUAACUACAUCUCUAUGAUGCUUUCUUCAGAGCCGGAUCUCUCGCCUCAUAAUAGCAGCGACGAUGACGUUCAAAUCGUGACAACACAGCGCCAACCCCAGCGUAUUAGGGCACCACUAUCCCAGUUUCCUCUUGAGCAACAGCCACCAUUGAGAAGACGGCGGGUGCAAUUGAACGAAAAAGACGAGGCCGAGCUCCAGGCCGAGCUUGAGGAGGAACGAGUCAUCGUGCGUGCGUCCGAUGAAGAAGAUGAAGAGGAUGAGCCGGAGCUUGUUAUAAGUGGCAGACGAUUUUGCAUACCAAAGUCGCGCGAGCGUUAG